ACUAUAUUUAUACAAUCUGUAUGCUAACUUCUAUGAGGUGUUUCCACCAAUCAAAACAUUCUAAAUGUACAGCUCAUCAUUGUCAGUUUAUUGCAUAAAUAGAUCAUCAACUAACAGCUCUAACAGCUCUAACAACCUUCCUUAAAUCUAGGGAAUCAGUUAGCCACUGCUUCUAGAAGUUGUUGAGCUGGUCAUUGUGUGCACAAGGUUGCUGCUGCUUGCUUUGCUUUGCUUUGAUAUGUUGGUUGCUCGUGUGGUGCAAGGCUGAAUACCAUGCUGAAUACCAACAUUUAAAGAUGAGCAAACCCAAGAAACGUUGUCCUAAAGGUGGUGAAUCAGUUGGACUGUUAGCAUUAUUGUGUCACCAGAUUGAAAGCAAUAAUAUGGUUUUUAAAGAUGUCAGUCAAGCCAGAAUACUGUUAGAGAAGAAGCUUACAGAAUCUGAUAUGAAUGAUGGUCAAGCGCGAUUGACAUUGCAGAGUCUAGCCCCUUUUCUAACUCGGGAUGAGUAUCAUUUUUUGAAAAAGGAAGUUAGUCCAAACAAAAUGAAUAAGAUGGGUGUGAAGGUGAUUAUGAGAUCUUCUGAGUAUCGUAUGCAUCUAAGUUUAUGGAACGACAAUGAAAAUAACAAUUCUGGAUGCAAAUUUGUUUUGGAAAACGAGUGGAAUAAACUCAAGACCGACAACAAGCUGCAGAAAGGGGAUUUCAUACAAAUUUUGUCAUUUCGGUCUAAGAAGUGCCUGAAUUUUGCAUUUCUUGGUCCUAAACGUAGCUUCAAGUUGUUAGGGACUACAAUUGAGAGUUACCCCUGGUAGUAUUAUUUAAUAUAAUGUAUAAGUUAUAGAUUGAUUAAUUGUAGUCUUGU